AUGCCGUGUUUAGACGAUAAACCUCACCUGAUGUACACGAACGCUGUAAUACACGAGGCCAUGCGUAUUGAAACGAUUAUCCCGACGUCACUUCCGCAUUACGCGAUGCAAGACUCUUACAUCCAGGGUAAAAAAGUCGACAAAGACACCGUCGUAUUAUUCAACCUUCACUCGUUGGCUCAUGACGCUACGGUUUGGAGAGACCCGACUAAUUUUUUACCUGAUAUAUUUCUCAAGGAGGAUGGUGACCUAGAUAUCAAGAUGCUAGCAAAAUCACAUCCGUUCAGUCUUGGUCACAGACGAUGCACUGGUGAACAGCUAGCGAUAAUGAACAUUUUCCUAAUUUUCUCUGGUCUCAUGAAGAAAUAUACAUUCGAAUUGUAUGAAAAUGCAGAGGUGGCUACAAUUCCUGGUCUUGUGUAUGCCCCUGACAAAUUCAAUUGGCAGAAACGAUAUGGAGAUGUGUUUAGGAUAAGACUGGGCAGCUGGCCGACUGUUGUAGUGAAUGGACACAAGGCCAUUCAUGAUGCUGCGGUUACCGCGGGUGACGCCUUUUUCGGACGCCCUAACUUUGUGACAACAGAAAUUCUACACUUCAAGGUCACGCUGCAUUUGUUUGACGACGUUGCCAUGUCCCAGGUAGCCGAACAUUAUGAAUCCAGACUUGACGGUAACAUAAGGGAUGUUGCGGAUUCACUUAUUGCUGCAGCAGAUGAACUUAAGGAUUCGGGUGACAGUUGCUAUGAACUUACAAAAGGCAGACUUCUCAACGUGUUGUAUGACUUACAAGGUGCAGGGGUCGACACCACAAGUAAGACAAUAUUGUGGCUCAUACUUUACAUGGCUAAAUACCCAGCUGUACAAAAGCGCGUUCAAGAUGAAAUAGACUGUACAGUGGACCAAACAAAUAUGCCGUGUUUAGACGAUAAACCUCACCUGAUAUACACAAACGCUGUGAUACAUGAGGUCAUGCGUAUUGAAACGAUUAUUCCGACGUCCCUUCCGCAUUACGCGAUGAAGGACUCUUACAUCCAGGGUAAAAAAGUCGACAAAGACACCGUCGUAUUAUUCAACCUUCACUCGUUGGCUUAUGAAGCUACGGUUUGGGGAGACCCGACUAAUUUCCGACCUGAUAGAUUUCUCAAGGAGGAUGGUGGCCUAGAUAUCAAGAUGACAGCGCAAUCACAUCCGUUCAGUCUUGGCCGAAGACGAUGCAUUGGUGAACAGCUAGCGAUCAUGAACAUCUUCCUAUUUUUCUCUGGUCUUAUGAAGAAAUGCACAUUCGAAUUGUGUGAAAAUCCAGAAGUGGAUACGAUUCCUGGUCUUGUGUAUGCCCCUGAGAAAUUAAGUGUGUAUGUGAAAAGCCGUGCUUAA